CCAAGAGAAGACAGAAAUUUCACUUUAAAUCCUAUCUGCCUCAAGCACAUUUUGUAACAGCCAAUAUUAUCAGUGAUGCAUGUUUGAAAUUCAUGCCCUCAGAUUUUCAUUUAACUUUGAAAGGUCAAAGACAUCCUAGUGAUCGGAAAUAGCUAUGACUUUAUCAGGCAGGCGUUAAAGUGGGAAUGUUUUUUUCUGGUCAACUGCUGUAGUUUCGCUUUCAAAGGUGCAGUUUUGACAAUUUGAAGAUUUGAGGAUGUUUGUUUGAAAUUUGGAAACAGUUUGGAAGAGCAAUGACUUCUGAAGCAGUUUGUUAUGACAUUAAUGGCAACAAGGUUCAACACGGAGAACCAUUUGUGCCUGAGGGAAAUGAUUUUUGUUACCACUGCAAAUGUCUGAGUGGACAAGCAGGACAGUGUUUUACCACAGAAUGUGCAGUGCCAACAUGCGAGGACUACAAAGCUGUACCUGGCAAAUGUUGUGCUUAUACAUGCCCUUCAGGUGUUAAUUCAGAGGCAGCAGAGUUGGCCAUUAUCAUCAGUUUAUCAGUGGGACUUGUACUGCUGCUUAUACUCCUGGUGUUCGUCAUCGACAGAAACCGUAAGAAAAAUCAAAGAAAUCGAAGGAGAAGUGAAGUCCUGGAGCAAUCACAAAAUUUAAGACCGAGACCGCUGAACAACAGACUUGCUGUAAUUGAAGAAGAAAAUGGUGAUGGAAUCGAACCACCUCCCCCUUACACCCCUGGCCGAGGGAGAUACAGUAUCAGAAAACCACACUACGCCUCCCCUCCCUUUACACCAAAUGAACCGCCUCCCCCGUACGAAAUAGACUCCAGAGAGGCCACAGAUGUGUAACGUAGGUUGACGACUGCUGUCAGUCGCUUAGGAAUAUUUGUAUAGUUAAAAUGCACCGGCGCGCCGGAAGCAAUGCGGGACCGUUGGACAGAAGUGACUACUUCUAAUCUGAAAGAAGACUCUGUUUGGUUCGUUUUACACUUAGCUGCUAGAGUUGGACUUGGGGAGGCAACGAACCCGAUCAGGGGGGGUACAGCGCGAGAAGCAGAGUUCGGGAGAGGAUAAUGGUACAAUUCUGUGGGUUGGGAGGAUGCUUCAGCUAGAAUCACGGUUAUCCGUUGGCCAGUGUCCGGAGCAGAACCUGCAAGGACCCUUUAUUCGUUCUCCCACAAGGCAAGCCACAGACGAGGGCCCUUUUUUCCCAACUGAACAAUCUAUAUCGAACUUAAAGGAAGAUGGAGGAAUUAUAAAGUGUAAUCAUUUUUAAAACUUUCUUUCGCUGGUAAAUUCCUAGAAGACAUUUUCACGUUAUCCGACUACACUGGUUCGCAAGGAAUGGGGGAUUGUAGGGCUUUUGAAACAGGAGGAACGUAAGAAAACUCGAAGCUCGGCCUUUACCAAUUAUUUAUUUGAAUCCGUGAUUUUCAAGCCGCUCAGAAAAGGACUGCAGGCGCUCUAACGUUAAUUGGCCAAUUCUCCUCGACCUGUCAUCUUUGAAAUUAUAGUUUGGAAGUGAUAGACGCUUUUGAUUCAGUCUUGGGAAUGAAAAGAAUUGAUAUCGUAGAUUAAUGCAGCGUUUUGUUUCAGGGAACGUUUGACUUAUGUUUUGUUUACAACGCGAAAUUCUGUUGUACAGUAGCAGAAAACUGACAGUAGACCAUUGUAAAUAAUAAUUUUUUUAAAGCAAGUUUUUUUUGAUUUGCAAUCUGAAGACUUAACCAAGGAGUUUUUCUAACGAUGGGAUGUAGAUCUUUGUUUAUUAGUAAUUCUUAGGAAACAACUUAUCACAUUUAAGUGACCAUGAUCAACGUGAAUAGAGCACUUUUUUAUCAUGUGUCGUAAACCGAUCAUAGAUAUAAUAUCGAUCAUAAUAGCCAAUCAUAGGAAGGGAAAUAUAACGAGGAGCCAGUAAAAACUUGAAGUAAAACAAGCAAACUGCCAAAAGCGCGGGAAAGCGUGAGGGACUAAAUCGCGUUUGGUUUUUGUUUUGAAUCUGAUUGGUCGAGAGAGUGGCGUUAGUUUUUUAGACCAAUCACAGAGCGAAUUAAUGAAAUCUUGGAUUGUUUCAGACACGCAAUUGAAAAUUGCUCUAUAAAACUUAUUCGUUGAACUGACUGCAUGAUUUACCGACGAAACGCAUCAGUACCUAGAAGUGGAGUCUCGUAUAUAAAACGUUCAGUGAUUGAAGUAACCAAAGUUGGGCUGAGGAUAUUUUGAAGCGUUGAACUAUUUUGUUUGCCUGUGACUAUCGUGUCAAUACCAAUAUUUUCGAGAAAUUUUUUUCAAGAAACGUUCCCUCCUUUCAGGGAUGAUCAACUCUUUCGAAGGGAGAAUUGCGUUGUAGGAAUAGAUUUUUUUCUCUGUUUAGUAAAGAACGAAAGAUGCAACGCAUGAAAUGCUAUUUAUGUUAUUAAAGUUAUGUUGCAUUCUGUA